CGUUGGCACACCACCGCUCCGGAACAAGGAAACAACGGAAUACAUGGGCACAUUAAACAAUUAAACUUUCAACAGCUUUGUGAGGAAAUGAUACAUAUCUGAAAACUUAAGUGUUUUUACUGUAUGUGACAAAGUUUUAACUGACUCCUUUUUAUUACUACUGACCAUGUCUGCCUCGGCCGUGUUCGUGCUCGAUGUGAAAGGAAAGGUGCUGAUCUGUCGCAACUACAAGGGGGAUGUAGACAUGACGGAGAUCGACCAUUUCCUGCCCCUUCUCUUGCAACAGGAAGAGGAGGGGCUUCUCUGUCCUGUCAUCACUCAUGGAAAUGUUCACUUCCUCUGGAUAAAGCACAGCAAUCUCUACUUGGUGGCCACAACUAAUAAGAAUGCCAACGCUUCUUUAAUCUACGCCUUCCUGUACAAACUGGUGGAGGUGUUCACAGAGUACUUCAAAGAGCUGGAGGAGGAGAGCAUUCAGGAUAACUUUGUCAUCAUCUACGAGCUGCUGGACGAGCUGAUGGACUUCGGCUUCCCCCAGACCACCGACAGCAAGAUCCUGCAGGAGUACAUCACCCAGGAGGGCAACAAGCUGGAGGUGGCCAAGAGCAAGGUGCCCACCACGGUUACCAACGCAGUGUCCUGGAGGUCAGAGGGCAUCAAGUACAAGAAGAAUGAGGUCUUCAUUGAUGUCAUUGAAUCCAUUAACGUGCUGGUAAACGCCAAUGGAAAUGUGAUGAGCAGCGACAUUGUGGGCAGCAUCAAGCUGAAGACCAUGCUGUCCGGGAUGCCAGAGCUGCGUCUGGGACUCAACGACCGCGUGCUGUUCUCUCUCACUGGCCGGGACAGGGGGAAGUCGGUGAUGAUGGAGGACGUCAAGUUCCACCAGUGCGUGCGCCUGUCCCGGUUCGAGAACGACCGCACCAUCUCCUUCAUCCCACCCGACGGGGAGUCGGAGCUCAUGUCCUACCGCAUCAACACUCACGUGAAGCCCCUGAUCUGGAUCGAGUCGGUCAUUGAGAGGUUCUCUCACAGUCGAGUGGAGAUCAUGGUAAAGGCAAGGGGCCAGUUCAAAAAGCAGUCCGUGGCCAAUAACGUAGAGAUUAAUGUGCCAGUGCCCAGCGAUGCAGACUCCCCCAAAUUCAAGACCAGCACGGGCCACGCCAAAUAUGUUCCAGAGAAGAACCUGGUGGUGUGGACCAUCAAGUCUUUCCCAGGGGGGAAGGAGUACCUCAUGCGCGCCCACUUUGGGCUUCCCAGCGUGGAGAACGAGGAGGCUGAGGGGAAGCCACCCAUCACUGUCAACUUCGAGAUCCCCUACUUUACUGUGUCUGGGAUACAGGUGCGCUAUAUGAAAAUUAUAGAGAAGAGUGGCUACCAGGCCUUGCCCUGGGUCAGGUACAUCACAAAGAGUGGAGAUUACCAGCUGCGGACCAACACCUAGAUCUGCUGCCUGCCUAAUCCCAGACCUCUUCUCCUCAGUCACCAAACACAGAAGUGAUUGAGAAAUUUCUGCACCAGUCAGCUGGCUCCAGUCUGAAUUGCCUUGGUUCUCACUUAGUCACAGCAGGGAAAUGUCAAAGCACUAUUCUGCAAAUUAUCCCCUAUUCUAAUUUCUAGAAUGCAAAUGAGUUUUAAGAUAUUUGAUAAAUUUAGGCUACUUAUAUUUCCAUAUAAAUUAUUUUUGCAAACACUUGUUAUGUGGAAGUUGUCUUUUAAAAAAACAGGGCCUUGUUUUUAUUCAGUGCUGUACUUAAGGCAGUCCUAUUUUAC